AUGGCAGAAAAUGAGGCGCGUUCGCCGCGUGCGUCGCUCAGCCCGGAUUCCGCGAAGCGCAAGGCAGAGGAGGGACAGCAGCCGCCUCUUAAGGCCGCCAAGAAGACGCGCGCACCUCCGCCGCUCGUCACACUAAAGAACUCGCGCCUGGCUCUGCGCCAGAAAGCCGUCGGAUGGGACAGGACCAUGCCGGUGCUCAAGGCUGUGCUGUGCUUUCAGUCUUUUCUCGAGGAACGUGCCGAGACGCUCGACACGAUCCCGGACGAUCACCUCGUGAUCGUCGCGAGCUUGGUGCAGGAAAGCGACAAGAGUGCGACAGAGCUCGCGAAACUCGUGCGCGCUACCGUGCUCCCGGAAGGCCACCGGGCCCUGGGAAAGGUCACCGAGGACGGGCAGCCGCUCGAUGUGCUGCCAGUCGCCGUGAUCCAGAACGCGAUCCAGGCGAUCGCCGAGCGCGUCAACUACGGCCUCGACGGCGAAAACCUUGCCCCAGCGCUCCAGCUCUGGCGCUGGGAGGUGCAAAACUUGGAUCUGCUCCCGAAAGAGAACCUAGAUAAGCUCAUGGCACGCCGUGAAGAGCGCGUCGCCGCCAAGCAAGAGGCGCUCGCGCUCUUCGAAGCGCUGCCAGAGGAGCAAAAGGGCGCACUGCGCGAGGGCAAGAAGCUCGCCAAGCCCAAGGACGAGCCCCAACAGGCGCCGGAGGCCAAAGAGGCGCCCAUGACCCCGGGGCAGAAGGAGAAGCUCGAGCGCGCCAAGCUGCGCGAGACGAAAAAGGCCGAGCGCCAGGCCAAGGAGGCCGAGCGCCAGGCGGAAAAGCAGGCCAAGGAGGCAGAGAAGCAGGCCGAGCGCCAGGCCAAAGAGGCAGAGAAGCAGGCCGAGCGCCAGGCCAAAGAGGCCGAGAAGCAGGCCGAGCGCCAGGCCAAAGAGGCCGAAAAGCAGGCCAAGGAAGCCGAGCGCCAGGCCAAGGAGGAAAAGGUGGAAAAGGGCAAGCAGGCACAGGUGCGCCUCUUCAACUCUUUCUUUCAGCAGGCUUCGCCACGCUCGCCGUCGGUGCGCAAGGACGAUGUUGAAGUCAAGAACGACUUUCAGCGCACGUUUCUGCCUUGCGAAUACAAAAACAUGGCUGAUAUCAACAAGUUUUAUCGCCCGGCCACAGACGCCCUGCUCCAGGAGAUGGAUGUUCGGUCGCAAAGCCAGCCGGAACUCCUCAAGGAGCUAACGCACUUGGGUAAGACACGGGCGCCGCGCACGACGCCGCGUGUGCGCGGCAUCCACCCGCCAGCAUCCGUGCGCCAUAUCAUGAAGACUGUGCAGGAGUCGGACGUACUUGGCGGUAACGCUGAAGAGCACGCAAAGCGCGAGCUUGAAAAGCUCAACAACCGCCGCCUCGUACCGAUCAAGCUCCUACAGUUCCAGUCGGACCGGCGUCCGGGCUGGGUGGGCACCUGGACGCGGUCCUCGACGUUUAUUACGCCGCGCAAGCCGUUCGGCCAGGACCCUGUCUCGCUCGACUACUCGUACGACAGCGAUGCAGAAUGGGAAGAGGUCGAGGAGGGCGAGAACGUCGAUGCAAUGGACGAUCGCGAAGAAGAAGAGAGCAUGGGCGGCUCGGACAAUGAAGACUCAGAGAUGGACGACUGGCUCGAAGACGAUUUGGAAGAGGACGACGAGGCGCCGCCACCCGAGGAGGUCGAGCCGCCGAGCAGCCCGCUUGCGCACACGUCCAGGGAUCCGACACCGAAAGGCGUCAAUCUUUUGCAGCCGAAGAAGAAGGUCAAGCUACUGGGACGCCGUUUCGACUCUAAACUCGUCCCGUAUUAUACUGGACCGCACUGGGAGAAUACGCUUGGCGAGCCCGGACACGAGAGCUUUGCGCCGUACCGCAUUCAAUUCUUCAAUGAUGCACAUGUGGGGCUGGAUCCCUUUACAUUCACGUCCACGACCGUGUCCAUUGCGCCUGCAGCGGACGAGGCGGCAGUGCAAGCAGGGCCGAACGAAUCGGCCUCUGCUGCGCCCGCGACGACCGCAAGCCGAAGCACCAAGUUCAACUUCCCCGAUACCCAUCUCCCCGAACUACUCAAACUGAUUCAAGGCUCUACACGAUCCAAGCCUGCCCUGCUCGAAGAUCUUCGCGAACACUUUGGUCCUAUUGUCAAGGGUGUUAGCAAGACUGCGAUCGAGGCACGCUUGCAAGAGUGCGCUGCCAAGGAAAGCAAGAAGCCCGGUGCAAAGUGGAUCAUCAAGCCCGAGUGGCAGAGCCAGCUCCAUAGCAAGAUGGCCGAGUGCGAAAUGAUGCAAUCAGUACAUGCAGUGAUGGAUCCCGCCGAAGACGUCGCGCAAAUUCAGGAUUUGUCACAAGCUAUCCACGAGGCACGUCUCGAGCGUGAUGCGGAAGUACAGUCGGCAAAGGACCGCGUCGAUCACUGGCGCUCGAUCGAAGAGCACAUGGAAACAAUGACCAAGAUGGAAAACGAAAAGUUUGGCCUUGCCAAGAAGAUCAAUGAGCAGGAAACUGCGCUCGCAUCUCUCGAAGCGGAUCUUUCCGCUUUCCGCGCCAAGAUUGAUGCGGGCGAAAGUCGUGACGUCGAACAGGACGUGGAAAUGGAUCGCAGCGCGUACGUACCCAGCCAAGUUCUGACCCCAAGUCUCGCGCUUCAGCUCUUCCGCAACAUGGGAUUUGUGCCGUUUCACGACCCUGCGCAGCCCAAUGCGCCGAUUACCUCGUUGCUCGUCCGUUCCGCUCGCCGGAACGUGGCCGUUUCGGUCGACAUUGACGAAAAGUCGCGCAAAGAAAACAAGCUGACCUCGUUUGAAUUGGCCGAGAAGCUCUGGGCCGCGGCUAGCUAG